GCGUCGCCGUCCUCUUUGCACAUUCUCUUUGAACAUGGCUGCCGCCCAGAAGGAGUGGAACCGUUCGGGUUCCUUCAUGCAGCGUCCUGCCAACGGCUGGAUCCACCACGAUGCCGCCCUCUCGACCCCCGAUGGCAUUGUCUACCCGGUCAAGUACCUGGGCAAGAUUCCCUUUGCCAUGAGCAUGCGCACCAUGCGCUUCGAGGAUCGUACUGCCGUGACUCGCGAGGCCAUUCAACUCGUCUCUGAGACCGUCGGCGUCGUUGACCCCGUCACCCGCCAAGCCACGCCCUUGAUGAAGCGUACCCUCGUCGAGGAUCCCGUGGCUAUGAACCUGAACGUGCGACUCAAAAUCUCCGUCACCGGCCUCACCAUUCAAGUGAUUGAGACGGGCGAGAUCAUUGGUACCCAUAUUGUGCCCAGCAUCUCCUUUGCCACUGGUGAUCGUCCCAACACCUAUGAACGCAUUGGCUACAUCGCCAAGGAUCAGCGUAACAACCGUGAAUGCCAUGUCUUUGACUGUGGCAGUCGUGCCAACGAGAUCAUGGUCACCAUUGGCCAGGCCUUUGAGCUGCGCUACAAGUCAUUCUUGGCGAAGGGCCAGCGUCAGGGCAUGCAGGCACACGCGCCUCCCGUGCCUCCCAUGCCUCGUGCUCAGCACAUGCCCGCCCAGUAUGAUGUGGUUGGUGAAGAGCAGGCCCCCAUUUAUGACCAGGCAUUUGAUACCCACAAGCCCGUGUAUGAUGACAUGCAAGGCACUUACGGUGGUGCGGGUGGACAAUAUGCCGACGUACAACCCGAAUACAGCCAGGGCAAGGGUGGUCAACCCUUGUACGACACAGCCAACCCAGUACCGACGGCCGGUGUGAUGCAAACGUAUGGUGACACCUACGGCGAUGCUCAGGGCACAUACGGCGACUAUGGCGGCCAGUAUGCCGCAGCCCCAAACCAAUAUGGUGGUGUGGACACCUACUUCACCGUUGGCGGUCAAGACGAGGGUAACUACGGCGAUGGCGCAUACGGUGAGGGCACCUACGGUGAUGCCAGUGCCUACGGUCAGUCCCAAGGCACUUACGGCCAAGCCGAAGGUACCUAUGGCGAUGCCAGCACUUAUGGCACCAAGUAAACACUCGUGCUUCUGCUGAUGUGUUGGAUGGGGUAUCUGCCGCAUUCUUGGGCAUCCAUUCCUGAGUUUCUACUCGUCGAUGUUUGUGUUUUUUUUCCUUGUGUGGAUGUGUGUGUGUGUGUAUGUUUGCUUGGUUUCUUGUUUUUCUUUUUUUGUGUUUUCUGCAGCCUUGUGCUGGUGCUGGCAUCGUCGUUGGUGUUGGUGUUGUUCAGCUGGCGUUUGCUUGCGACCGUGAGGAGGAGUCCUGGUGAACACACGCCCUGGUCACGCCCCUCCAUCUCUUGUCGCUUGCCUGCUUUGUGUCAAGUCCAUCAGUCGCUCUCGCUUUGGAGAACCUUGGUCUUGAACUUGAACGGAGUAAACAACACCCACUCGUGCCGUGAUGUUACUUGCUACACAACCAUGUGUCCGUCGAUUGUCCUGAAGAUGAGAAUGUAGUGUGUUCACUCGAUUUAGCUGUUGCGUGUUUGGCGUUGCACUUGUGCAAUUCAUGCGACAUCAUUC